AGGGCGCGGAGAGCUCAGGGCGGCGACGACAACGGCGUUUAUAUCGGUGGUAACAACGGCCUCAGCAGGCGGGGAAGAUGAAAGGGAGCUGGAUCGAGCUGGGAGAUGUGACACCACAUGAUAUUAAACAGUUGAAGAGAUUAAACCAGGUCAUCUUUCCAGUCAGCUCCAAUGACAAGUUCUACAAGGAUGCGCUGGAGGUUGGCAAGCUAGCAAAACUUGCCUAUUUCAAUGGUAUUGCAGUACGUGCAGUAUGCUGUAGGGUGGAUCAUUCACAGAAUCAGAAGAGACUUUACAUCGUGACACUAGGAUGUCUGGCACCAUACCAAAGGCUAGGAAUAGGAACUAAAAUGUUAAAUCAUGUCUUAAACAUCUGUGAAAAAGAUGGCACUUUUGACAACAUCUAUCUACAUGUCCAGAUCAGCAAUGAGUCUGCAAUUGACUUCUACAGAAAGUUUGGCUUUGAGGUUAUUGAGACAAAGAAGAACUACUGUAAGAGGAUAGAGCCCGCUGAUGCUCAUGUGCUGCAGAAAAACCUCAAAGUCCCUUCUGGCCAGAACGCAGAUGUGCAAAAGACAGACAAGUGAAC